AUGUCGUCUACCGGCCAGACAAUCGAGGAUCUUGAAGACGAGCUGGACUUGCAGCGAGCCAUCUUGCAAAGUCUGGAUGAGUCGCACAGCUCGCGCACGGAUGCGGCCGAACAAAGAUUAGAAACACUGGAGGCGAUCAAAGACCUCGAAUCCAAGUUAGCUAGACUGCGCGGCCACCAUGCAGGCGGAACACCUGUCUAUUCCCUCCCUGUUGGGCAGAGUCUAACAUCUGCACAACUUGACGGAUUAAACUUUUCUGCACCUUCAAUCCCCUCGAGCCCACCGCAGUUCGACCGUUCCGCGUUCUCGAUACCAUCCCGACCUCGAGAUUCUCGCUUAGCCAACUCUUCGGAAAUGCUUACUGUUCGCAAACGCCGACUCUCCGAAGAUGACACCGAAGAUGGAGUGAGUGUGCGAUCGUCAAAACGUACUACAGGAAACAUCGCCAGUCCUGCUUCUACGCAGGCUGCUUCGUCUACUCCGUUCAGCCGCAACAGCCCAAGCGAUGGACUUGACAGCGAGUUUGAUGUUGAUGAUGAUAUUCUGGGCAUCCUGGGGCUGGACGGUCAAGAUAUGCGUGCGCUCCAGGAAGAACAGAGAAGAGCAGAACAGUGGUUGAAAGAACGGAAGGAACAAGAACGCCGCGAUGCGGAAUUUGCUCGCCAUUUAAUGUCAGCAUCACCCUCUGCACAAACCCUCUCAUAUAUAAGUCGCGCUGAGCCGCCUACUCCCACACGUGAGAACCUUCCAUCGAUUCCGCAAUUCAGCUCUUCCAAUUCGCUGUUUCUGGGCACAAGACCAGCAGGCUUAAGUGCUGCGCCUUCUCUGAACGCGAACCAUGCCUUUAGCGGUCCGCAAUCUGGGUCCUCGAAAAUCCAUCCGGAUAGUGAUGAUAGCGAUCUUGCAGAAAUAUCCCCUCAAGAUUUUCAGUCUCGCAUCACUUCCAACCCGAGAAUUACCAGUCGUCCGUCCCAAUACGUGCCGAACCGCGGAAAUGCUGAUCUGGGCAUAUCUAAUACUGCCAAAUCAGUCCAGAACCCUUACGCCUAUCAUUAUCCUGGUCCUGCCGCUGCCAAUGGGUCGAAUGGUUUCGGCAACUCUGCUAUGAGUAGGUGGCCACAGUCUAUGCCAUCAGCUAUGGCAAUCUACAAAGGAGCUAGAGACAUGCUUAGUGGUACUACUAACAUCUCUCCUUCUCGGAUGCCAUUGGGUAAUAUUAUCACUAGCGGGUUUCUGGACGAUAACUAUCCGACAGCCUUGGCUGGUCGUGAUAUACGAGACUUUUAUGAAGACGGAGGUGACCCGAAACAAAUCAAUCAAGAGAUAAAGCAGUUGCUGGAAACUAUCCGACCCGAUGCCGACCUUUCAGCGAAAGACCGCGAAGGAACUCCGGCGGCACUCAAGUACCCAUUGUUAGAUCACCAGAAGCUGGGUUUAGCCUGGAUGAGAUCCAAGGAAGAAUGUGAUCAGAAGGGAGGCAUCUUGGCCGAUGACAUGGGUCUAGGCAAAACUAUUCAAGCAAUUGCUCUUAUGGUGUCUCGUCCGUCAAGCGACCCCGAGCGAAAGACGACAUUAAUCAUCGCUCCUGUUGCAUUGAUGCAGCAGUGGAAGCGGGAAAUUGAGAAGAUGCUUUCCCCGGGUCAUCGUCUUCAAGUGUACAUUCUACAUGGGGACAAAGGCCGAACGAGUUUCAGUGACUUGAAGAAAUAUGAUGUCGUGCUCACCACAUUUGGAAUGUUGGCUUCAGAGCUCAAGCGUGUAAUCAAAUACGAACAGCUACUCAAAGACGGCGCUGAGGAGCCAACGCUGACCAGACAAUACCUGAAAACGCUACCUUGCCUUGGACCUACGAGCAAAUGGUAUCGGGUGAUCAUUGACGAAGCCCAGUGCAUCAAAAACCGAGCUACCCAGUCUGCCAUUGCUUGCUGCCGACUGAAUACGACCUACCGCUGGUGCAUGAGCGGAACACCAAUGAUGAACAAUGUCGAAGAAUUGCAUUCUUUAUUGAAAUUUUUGCGAAUCCGUCCUUACGCUAACCUGGAUCGUUUCAAGAGAGACUUCUCUGCACCGUUGAAAACCAACAACAAGCACCUCCAAGAGAAGGCGAUGACGCAGCUUCGCAUUCUCCUCAAAGCAGUUCUACUACGGCGCACUAAACAUUCAAAGAUAGAUGGCAAGCCCAUUUUCGACAUUCCCCCUCGAUUCUCGGAAAAGGUCCAUGCCGUUUUUAGUGAAGAUGAACUGGAAUUAUACAAAGCACUGGAAGCGAAAACUCAACUUCAAUUUAACAGAUAUCUCGAGGCCGGAACAGUGGGGCGAAAUUAUUCCAACAUCCUUGUCCUUCUUCUUCGUCUUCGACAAGCCUGCUGUCAUCCGCACUUGAUUACUGAUUUUAGUGUCAAGCUCAACGAGGCUUCUGAAGGAGUCGAUUUCAUCGCCAACGCAGAGCAAUUUAGCAACGAGGUUGUUGCUCGCUUACGGGAUAAUGAGAAUCUUGAGUGCCCGGUCUGUAUUGAUGCAGUGGACAAUCCAAUCAUUUUUUUCCCCUGUGGACAUGGGACAUGCAGUGAAUGUUUCUCUAGAAUUUCCGAUCCGUCGCUUUCCUUGCAGCAAGGCAUUGAUGGAGCUGCGCAAGUGAAGUGCCCAAAUUGUCGUGGAGUUGUCGACCCCAAGAAAAUAACCGAUCAUGUAUCUUUUCGGAAAGUUCAUUUUCCUGAUGAGUCUGAGGAUUCAGCUGGUCUGGGGGGCUUGGGGAUUGCGAUUAAGGAAGACGGGGACCGUGACGAUACCGAUGACAGCGACGAGGGCGCAACUUUGUCCGAUUUUAUUUCGAAUGACAGCGACUGUGACUUAACGCCUCCCAAGAGACCGAAAGUAAGAAGCAAGGGCAAAGGCAAAGGCAAGCCCAGAAAGACUCUUGCCGAGCUGAAGAAAGAAGCCUCGAAAAACCAGGAAUCGAAACGCAAGUACUUGCGUCGCCUGGAAAAGACUUGGAUUACUAGCGCGAAGAUUGAGAAAACCAUGGAGAUUAUACGCGAUAUUGAGCGCCGGGACAACAAUGAAAAGAUCAUCAUCUUUAGCCAGUUUACUUCUCUACUGGAUCUGCUCGAGAUUCCAAUUGCGCGUGAAGGUCACCGGUAUCGUAGGUAUGAUGGGAGCAUGAAGCCAGCGGAUCGGAACUCGGCCGUGCUAGACUUUACUGAUGACCCCAGCUGCAAAGUCAUGCUGGUGUCUUUGAAGGCAGGCAACUCCGGUCUGAAUCUAGUCGCCGCAAACCAUGUGAUUAUUUUUGACCCGUUUUGGAACCCUUACGUCGAGGAGCAGGCGGUUGACCGUGCUCAUCGCAUUGGGCAGUUGCGAGAAGUCCAUGUCCAUCGAAUCCUUGUACCAGAAACUGUCGAAGACCGUAUCAUCGAGCUCCAGGAUAAAAAGCGCGCUAUCAUUGAUGGUGCAUUGGACGAGAAGGAAUCGAAGAACAUUGCUAGGUUGAGCACCCGUGAGCUUGGCUACUUAUUCGUGCGUCUCCCUGCGUCUCAUUCGCCUACGAGUAACUAA